AUGGAAAAUUGUAUACCUAAGCAUUUCACUCUUUCUGGAAUGUCAGGAUAUUCGCUAACCCGCAGAGAACCAUUUAGGACUAUUAGAACUUACAUACAAAAUAAAACUAAUUUAUUAAAAACGGCAAAUAACGAAGAUUUGUUUAGAGAAGAAUGCAUAAAUUUAGCUGAUUAUCUAAUUGGAAAAAUGUCUCCUCCGAAGUCUGUAUCUCCUACUAUGUGGGAAGCGUUAUUGAAGUUUUAUCUAAAUCAUUACUUUAAAAAUUUAACUAAAUAUGGUGGAUGUCCUAUGAUCUUAAAAAAUGAAGAUAAAGAACUUUUAGGAUUAAAAUAUAAAGAAGAGGAUUUCUGUAAAAAAAGGACUACCGUUUUGAAAGAAAUAGAGAGCUUAAAACAGAAUAAUUCAGGUAAAUGCGUCAGUACAUGUUUAGACAAAUGCAAAACAUAUAAUGCAUGGAUUAAACAGAUGCAGAAGCAAUUUGAAGAAAAGAAAAGUCUCUUUAAAUAUUGUUACACAAAAGAAAGUUCCAAAAAAAAGACCAAAAAACUAACUAAAGAAUCGAUAUGUGAUAUAAUGAAUGAAGAAACUUUUAAAGAACUUUCUGAAUGUAUAACCCCGAAUUCAGCAGAAAGUACUGAAGGUUUACUUGAAACAGAAAAAAAAGGUUUAGAAACUCAAAUUCAAAAUACAGCUCAAAUUAUAUCCAAAUCUCACGUACAACAAGAAAUAGAUGUGCCAACUGCACCCGAAGCUCAAAAUGAAAUUGAAUCACAUAAUUCACCACAACCUCCACCAGAACAUAUUAAAAGUGAAGUUUCAGAAAUUCAGCAUUCAACUAUAGAAACUGAGGAUUCACAAUCUUUAACAGAUGCAUCAUUAGAAAAAGCUAAAAUUUCUGAAUAUGUACAUGUAGCAUCAGAAGAUACUACUGCAUUACCCUCUCCAGCUCUUCAAGGCACACAAUUAUCUCCUGAUCCUGAGAAUACACAGCCAACUGAUAAAGCAUCGACAUAUACCUUAGCACGUAGUCCUCCCCAAAUAUCACAUACUACAGAACACAUAAUAUAUGAUGAUGAAGAAAUUAUAAAAAAAAUAAAAAUAAAUGAACUUACAAAAAAUGUAAAUUUAUCAAAGCGAACAAGAGACAGAUCCAAAAUCAUAGUAGAAGUACAUAUGGAAGUACUCGAAGAAUGCAUAAAUGAAGAUUGGGAGAACCACAAAGACGAAUUCAUAGAAAUAUGUAUAGAUGAGUUCACAAAAAAGGAUUAUACAACCUAUCCCAAUUUAAAAGUUGAUGAUCUAAUAAUAGAAAAUAUUAAAUGUAUCAGUGAUAUCAAAAAACAAAACAUUCUAUGGAAUAAAUGGAUACAAAGACAUAGAAAUCUUUUUCAAAAUCUGAAAAAAGACGAUUGGUUUAAUAAUUUGAAGGAUGAAUGGAAAAGAGAAGUAGCUUACGUACAAGAAAUGGAAGAAAUAAAAAAGAAAUCUUCAAAUAAAAAUCAAAAAGUUUCAUUUUUAGAAAGAGAAAAAGAUAUAUGGAGACAGUGGAUAUCAAAAAAGGGUAUGAUUAUACAACAACAUCUUGAUCAGUACUGGAAUAAUGGAUUAGUAGAGGAGUUGCAGAAUAUCUCAGAUGAAUAUGUAAAUGAAGAUACUAAAAAUUAUGUAUCACUAUUAAAUGUAGAAGAAUUGAAGCACAAAGAAAAUUAUGAAGAAUUAUAUAAAUAUAUAAAAAAAAAAUUAUUAACAAAGCUUUGUAUUCUCGUGCUGAUAGCAGUAUUAGAAGAAUGUAAAAAGGAGGUAAACCUUGAAAAUAGGGAAUCAUAUUUGGAUAGAUCCAUAAAUGAAUGGAAAGGAGAAGGAUAUUCAAGUAAAAAACAAGAAAUUACAGAAAAUAUAAUUGAAUAUAAUAACAAUGAUAUAGAAAAUAAAAGAAAUGAGGAAUUUGAUGCUCAUAUAUGGAAAGAUUGUUUCAGAAAUGAGAUAGACGAUUGGAUAAGAGAAGAUGACUUAUAUGCAAAUUCUAUAGUUAGUGAUAGAACAGUAGACAAAUCGGAUGAAAUAGCAGAAAAACCGUUUCUAUAA